CACGCCGUGAGUUAGCCAGUCACCGCUGACAACCUCGCCAAGCUAAAAAUCUGCAUUUUCACAGCCGCGCGCUUCUGGGACCACCGAUGCUCCUGGCUCUGUGCAACCACAGUCUUUUCUGUUCAGGCGAUUGCCAACUAGCGGACUGACGUUAGGGCCUGGCGUGCGCUCACAGCCAGCAUCACAUCACCGCCAUUGGCGCACCGCAGCUUGGAAUCUGUCCUUUCACACUGUAUUCGGCCGUCACUCACAUCUUGCAUACACUGCCACACGCUGUACUACUAAUUCCGCGCUUUCUCUCCUUCGUUGCAGAGUUCGCCAUUUCCUCCGCCAUUUUCGUUCAGGAGAGUUCCCAAUUUUCUUCAAGAGAGUUCGCUAGAUUUCCUUCAGAAGUUUUCAAGAAGCGUUAAGGAUGCGGACCACCAGCAGCACCUUCUGCGACGCGAGCCCCAAGACACAGGAGGCACCACCGUCGCCGUGGUCGCCUGACGACCUAGACGUCGACGUCUUCAUGUCGUACAACGCCACGAGCGACGCUUGCGACCCCAAACCGUCCCUGGGCGACAGCGACGACAUGCGUGAGAGCUGCAUUAGUAGCGGUCGGCGCGACGCAAUUCUGGCAGGAGCACCGGACUCAGCCGCUCAGAAUGAGUUUGUCGCCGGUCGCACAGACGAGGAGAUUGCGACAUUCGCACGACUCGCCCCGACUUCUCCGCAAGAUUUUCGCGAAGAUUUCACAGAAGAAGGCAGCUAUAGCAGCAGCAGCGGCAGCAGCCGUGACCACUGGUGCGCGGACGACGCGAGUGAGAGUGAGGAAUUGGCAACACGAGGCACCACUCAGGCUGACAGCUAUACGACCUCUGAAGAGGGAGCUUCUAAAGAGGAUGAUGAUGUGACGAGCGCCAGCCUCACUCGCGACCGUCGCAGGGAGAGUCGCGAAGAAUCACGCAGGAGUCGGAGUCGCACGGAGAAGCUAUUGGCGCCAGUGUCGAAGCCCCUGAAACGCACGCACACCACCGGGGCGAAAUUCAACCCGCGUUUCGAUCACUGCCGCCCUUUACAAGAACACCUGGGGGCGACAGCUGCUCCUAACUCCACGGUAAACCCCCAGCUGCUCUCUCUGCUCGUAAACAUCUUCGCCACCUCGCGAAACGCCCUUUCGCAUGGUCCAUCGCACCCGUCGCAAGCGACUUGUUUCAGGGGUGUCGCAGCGCAGCGCGUGGUUAAUCAUAUAGAUGUCUGCUUGGCGCGGCUCUCCGGUCACCACUCGACCCGCACUGACAAUGGGGUGUUGGGUGGCUGAUGCAGACGUGGGUGUGGUAAUAACAAAAACACGCUAGGGGGAUCAGUUAGGGUUUAGUAAUAGGUCAGAUAACUCUGUUUACGGGACGAAGAGUGUAUUUCUGGCGUGUAUUCCUCUGCAAGCAAAAAAUGCACUUACUCUAC